AUGUGGUGCAGUGUCAGUGAAAGCAUUGUUGUUAACGGUGGAAGUACGGCGUUUACGACCAUGAAGCACACAGAUCGCAAGGAUGACAUCCCCAAUUGCCCAUCAAUUGAUGAAAUAGUUAAUAUGCCAACCCCUACCGUUACGGCGAAAUCUGAGGUGUCUCCGAAAACGUCGAUUCCACCAACGACUGCAAGUGUUGUGACUGCAACUCCACCCAGCAGUGACAAAACUGCUAUCGAGACGGACAAAAUGAGCACUGCACGUGAGCAAUCGCCACAGAACCCAACGGAUCAUGGAGCAAUGAUGGGAAAUUCUCGUAUCUUACGCGCACAGCAGCAAAAUCGCUUGAAAGCCAGAGGUCGUCGCAGGCGUUUUAUGGAUGAUAUUUGUGCAAGGUGCAGUAAUGCGGUCAAGAAUCCAGCAUCGGACACGGCUGAUGAUGAUAUCCCGAAGAGCUUUAAUGUCGAAGAUAUAUGUGCUGUUGCUGACUCGGACCAACUAGACGAUGAUAUAUCGCUGCAGCGAUUUUCACAUGCAAUCUAUCAAAUUUUGGAUGAUUUCUGUAUCCUUAUUUGCAAAAUACUGGAUUUGUCAAAAAUGCAUCCCGUAAGUGUAUUAAAACCUAAUCAGGUUUUAAAAAUUUUGUUAGAUGAGGAGUGGGCGAUGGGGUCGAAGAAGGGGAGAGGGAGGGAGGGAAAGCAGUUGUGGGAGGAGGAGGACAAAGCAAAAGGACGAAGAACGACUUGUACUGAUCCUAAAGUGUUCAGCAAUAAAGCUUUGAAAAACAAUAUUUUUAAACUGCUAAAUUUUUAUGCCACUUGA